AUGUCCCUCUGCACAUGCUACCCAACCGGCGAGUGCGCCGAGCCCAAGCCAAUUCUGCGACAGGACAGGCAGGACAGGCAGGACAGGCAGGACAGCACAGCACAGCACGGCUCUCACGCCUACUGUACGCCCGCCCUCGCUCUGCUGCAGCGGCGGCGAAACAAAUCGACGUGGCCACUCCUCGCCGCCCAAGCUGCAGCCACGCCGCGCCAUCAGGACCCUCUUGCUCCACGUUCCUCUCUCCCCCCCCAUAACCCCGAUCCACGCGCCCUUCCUUCACACGCGCGCCUCGCCUCUGCAUCCGUCCGUGGCAGCACAUGCACCCCUGCCCGCAAGCUCCCGUCGCCUUCGCCUUUGCCAUUGCCAUACUCUGCUAGCCCCGUGCCUGUCGUGCCGGGGGCCCUCUCGUAG